UCAAGAUGGCCUGGAAACACAACGCACCUAUUUGCAUAUGUAUCAUCCGUUAUUCGUUAGCGUCCGAGCUGCUGUGCUGUGGACAGAUCGUAGCAGAAAUACAUUCUUGUAUUUUACCAAAAGACAUUCACAAUGAGUGGUGUGUUGCAGCAACUGAGGGACUAUGGUCAAUGGGCCAACAGUGUGGCUGACACCAGGACUGGAGGCUGGUUCCUGAUGUCUAGUCCUCUAAACACCUACUCCCUGGUGGCCCUGUACCUGGUUAUGGCCUACUGUGGACCUAGAGUCAUGGCCUCAAGACAAGCCUUGGAUCUCAAACUACCGAUGCUGGUCUACAACUUUGCCCUGGUCGUCCUCUCUGCGUACAUGUUCAAGGAGUUCUUUGUGACCACUGUGCUGAAUCCUAAGUUCAAUGUAUCGUGUGAAGCAGUGGACUAUUCUGAUGACCCCAUGUCAGUCAGACUUGCUGGAGCUUGCUGGUGGUUUUUCUUCUCUAAGAUCAUCGAGCUGCUAGAUACAGUUAUCUUCAUGCUGCGUAAGAAGAACAACCAGAUCUCUUUCCUCCACGUCUACCAUCAUGCCACUAUGCCUGUCCUCUGGUGGAUCGGGGUGCGCUAUGUAGCGGGCGGAUCCUCAUUCUUCUCUGGAAUGGUAAACUGUUUCAUCCAUGUUCUGAUGUAUGGCUACUACUUCCUCUCCGCCCUUGGUCCCUGGAUCCAGCCUUAUCUCUGGUGGAAGAAAUAUCUGACAUCCCUCCAGCUGAUCCAGUUCUUCACCGUGCUCAUCCACUGUGGGUUUGUCAUGUAUCAUCAAUGCGGCUUCCCGAAUGGUUACGUGUAUGCUCUCAUCGCAUACCUCAUCUCGCACAUACUACUCUUCUCAAACUUCUACAACCAGCAAUACGUGGUGAAAGCGAAAAAGGAAGAGAGCAAGAAGAACGACGGGCAGGCGGAGAACGGCGCUCCGGAGACCCCCAGUAGAAACGGAAGGUACAACCUGAGAGAGCGAUCUCCCAGGACACCAUACACGGAGUAGAAAGAAGUUUUGCCUUUGGAUGAUGCACCCCCAAAUUCCUUCUGCAUCUACAAUCAACAAGUGCCACUCAAUUGCUUUCAUUUUUUCUUUUUUUGAAUUUUGGGUUAACUUAGAAGGAAACAUGAAUGCAUGUGCUCAAUCCUAGAAAAAUUUGGUGUAUGAAAUUUCUUUUUCUGUUUGUUUUGUUUUUGUUUUUUUGUUUGAAUUUCGGUUCAAUUUGGAAAGAAAAUUGAACGCAUGUGCUCAAUUCAAGCAUAAUUUGGUGUAUUAAUUUCAUUUUUUCUUUUUUGAAUUUUGGGUUAACAUGGGAAGAAACUAAUGCAUGUGUUCAAUUUUAGCCCAAUUCGGUGUAACAAAUAAUAAUGGUAAAUGGCGGAGAAAAAACAUGAAUCAUUUCUUAUCUUGUAAGGCAAAGUCCACAUACUUUUAUAUGUUUGGAUGUAAUAAAAUUUAAUGAGAUUUAUGCAUUAAAUUUGAUUACAUUACAAAAAUUGCCUAUUCCACAAUAAGAUUAAAGAAAACCUUUGACUACAUUACA